AUGCCAUCGCUGUUGCAACUGCUGCUCCUGACGCUGUUUUUGGUGGCCAUGCCGGCGCUGGGUCGCAAGGUGAAGCGGAAGGAGGCGCACUAUCACCACCUCGUCAAUGUGCCGCCCCCGCCACCGCCUCCAUCCCACCAGGGACCAGGUCCAGUGCCUCAGCAAACGGCGGUGAUCGAGCACGAGGUGCCACCCUACACCUACGAGGCCAUUAACCACGAUGAGUUCGAGCCGGCCAAGGUGAAGCUUUCCCACUACGAAGGCUCCUCCGAUUACAUAGUGCACUCGCUGCAUGGGGGAGGAGGAGGAGGAGGUGGUUACCUGGCCGACAAUGGACUUCGCAGCAUCGCCAAGGGUUCCGCCGAUCAGGCCUUAUCCGCAGUGGCCAGUCAAAAUGCAGCUGGCAAACAGGCUUCCUAUGUGGCCAAAAGCACUCUAGCGCAAGCGGCAGCCCAGGCAGCCGGAACUGCGGUGGCUGUACUAAAGGGCAAAGAGGUGCUGCUCCAUCGACUGGAGGAUCAGAGCGUGGAGGCCCACAAGGCGAUGGAGAACGAGCUGACCCAGCUGCAACAGGCAAAGAGAUCCGCAAAGGCGGCCCAAUAUGCCGCGCAGCAGGCCAUCAACCAUGUGAGUGUCCUGACUGCCGCUCUUAACAAUGCCCAGUCGGCCUCCGAGUUGGCUCAGAAGGCAGCAUCCGAGGCUGCGGCCGAAUUGGCCUCCCAAAUCGAUAUGGUGGCCCAGGCCAAGACCAAGUUGGAACACGCAGAAUCGCAGGCUUAUUCGGCUCGGUUGGACUACGAGGAAACCCGGGAUGCGGCGGAGAAGGCCACCUUGUCCGCCCAGGAGGCCCACCUCAAUGCCAAUGAUGCCGCCCUGCAUGCCAACGUGGAGCUCGGCGAGACGGUUCACAUCCACGACAAGAGUGACCGAAAUGUGAGGGAUCCACCGCGGAAUCACCGACGUCCAUGAGGCACUGCCUCGAUCCACGCUUUU